ACUUUUAUUUUGUAUGUUCGUAAACCGGAAGCGUUUAUACUGUGCUACAUUUUCAAAAUAGGCACACAUUUAUUAACGUUUCAUUUGCGCUAGUGUUUAAAAAAAAUAUGGCUUCUACGAAAGAAAUAUUACAGAUGGACCUGUACGGUUUACUAGGAAUUGAAGGAACAGCGACAGCCAAAGAGAUCAAGAAAGCAUACAGACAGAAAGCUUUAUCCUGUCAUCCAGACAAGAACCCAGAUAAUCCUAAGGCUGCUGAGCUCUUCCACCAGCUCUCCCAGGCCCUCGAGGUGCUGACUGAUGCAGCGGCAAGGGCUGCCUAUGAUAAGGUCCGUGCUGCCAAGAAACAAGCUGAGGAGCGAAACAGGAAACUAGAUGACAAGAGGAAAAAGAUUAAAUUAGACUUAGAGGCUCGUGAACGGCAAGCAGAGGCAGAAGCGCAGAAAACAGAGGAAUUCAAAAUCACCCGAACAUUAGAAGAAGAAAUUGCCCGCUUGAGAGAAGAGGGCUCCAGACAGCUGCAAGAAGAGCAGAGACUGAUUCGAGAGCAGAUACAGAAAGAGAGGGAGUGGAGGCUCAAUGCUCAGUCCACACAUGCAGAUUUUUCAUCAGUGCCGCAAGUCAACAGAACGGUCACCCCUAAAUUAAAGCUAAAGUGGAAGUGUAAAAAAGAUGAUGACACCAAUGGUGGAUAUUCCCAGGAAGUUCUUCAAGGCCUCCUUCAGAAGUAUGGUGAAAUCUUGAACGUUAUAGUAUCCAGUAAGAAGAAAGGCAGUGCUGUGGUAGAGUUUGCGACUAUAAGAGCAGCGGAACUGGCAUGCAAAAAUGAGAGUGGUUUGACAGGAACCCCUUUAAAAAUUGCAUGGCUGGAGGGACAGCCUGAGACCACUGCUCCAACGGCACUCAAUAACUCUGCAGCUGGAACAUAUACUCCUUCACAGACCUCUCUGAGCAGUGAACGGGAUUACGAGAGCCUGGUGUUAAUGCGCAUGAGGCAGGCGGCGGAGCGACAGAAGCUCAUCGAGCAAAUGCAGCGAGAAGAUGAGGAGGAAGAAGCAGCAAAGACCUGAGGGCACUCACUCAGCAGCUUUACUUUAACAUAUAAUAAACCUUCGUUACCAUUUUGUGCUUGUUUUUCCCUCGCAAUUUGAAUCCUCACAAAUCAAUAAAGUAUUUUCUUUUGGUAAA